UUGUCCGGCAGGGUGCUUACCGAGUGAGCAAGAAAAAGCGGGCUGCUGGUGGCAGGGAGCAAAGGAAGGAAACGUGAGGAAUGGCUGAAAGCUGACUGUGUUUUUCUACAGGAAACAAAUCAGGAGGGAAACGAUAGCAAAAAUAACGCACCUAGUGUUUCCCAUUUCGGUUGGAGAAUUGUACUGAGGCUUCUUAUUUUGUCCACGCACGGAUCCGUCUGGUUUGCUGAUUUAAUGGGACAACGAAAACGGAAAAAAGCUAAAGGUGUCGAUUUUGUCGUCUGUGUGGACGGGUGAUACUUAUUUUUAUAGGACCAACACUCCACACGGGAUGAAUAUGAGGACACUUAGUGCAAGGUAAACAGCAUUGUUUGAGUAAAGAAAAUGUUCCAGACUUGACAAGGGUAGUUAAGGAUAUAUGUUUGGUGGGACUGAUGCAUUAAUCCUUGCAGUGGUCGACUACCUAUCAAUAAUAAUACGUAUUCAAGCUUCUUGGACAAGCCAUCACAACCGAGCAGUCACGCGAAAAGUAGCCUGCAUGUCCUUAUAAGAGAAACGUAAAGCCAUUUUUGCUUAGUCUGAACAGAAGGAAAACAUGCGCGUGUUUGUCAUCUGGAUAUUUUUGCGGUUGUUUUCACUACCGGAUGGUGCGGCUGGUCAAGGACAAUCCACUCCGGCUAUUUGUUCGUCCUCAUGCAGCUGCGACGAGGACGGAGGCGCCGAUUGUUCUGGGAAAGGACUGACCACUGUCCCAACUGGUCUAAGCGCCUUCACCUAUUAUCUUGACAUCAGCAUGAAUAACAUCACAGAGCUCCCGGCAUUUGUCUUCAAGAACUUCCCCUAUCUAGAAGAACUGCGACUGGCAGGAAAUGACCUCUCAUUCAUCCACCCUGACGCUCUGUCUGGACUGCAUCAGCUCAAAGUCCUGAUGUUGCAGAAUAAUCAGCUGAAGACUGUUCCAAGUACAGCUAUAAAGAACCUCUACUCUCUGCAGUCUCUUCGUCUGGAUGCCAACCACAUCACGACUGUGCCUGAGGAUAGCUUUGAGGGCCUGCAGCAGCUCCGCCACCUCUGGCUGGAUGACAACAGCCUGACUGAGGUCCCAGUGGGCCCCAUGAGACACCAGGCUAACCUGCAGGCUCUCACCCUGGCACUCAACCACAUCACCCACAUCCCCAACAAUGCCUUUGCCAACCUCUCCAGUCUGGUGGUGCUGCAUCUGCAUAAUAACAGAAUUAAGGAGAUUGGGGAGAGCUGCUUCACGGGGCUAGAGAACCUAGAGACGCUGGAUCUUAACUUCAACAACCUGAUGACCUUCCCAGAAGCAAUCCAGGCACUGCCCAAACUGAAGGAGCUUGGAUUUCACAGCAACGACAUAGCAGCCGUACCUGAGGGAGCCUUCCACAAGAACCCUUUGCUCCGCACCAUCCACCUGUAUGACAACCCCCUGUCCUUUGUGGGAACUUCAGCCUUCCAGAACCUGUCUGACCUGCACUCCCUGAUGCUUCGUGGAGCCAGUAUGAUGCAGGAGUUUCCCUGUCUCACUGGGACUAACAACCUGGAGAGUCUUACUUUGACAGGCACAAAGAUUGCUGCCGUACCGGUUGAGCUCUGUGAGGAUCUCAAGGUGCUGCGGACUCUAGACCUGUCCUACAAUGAGAUUGAGGAGCUGCCUUCCUUCCAGGGCUGUCUAAAGCUGCAGGAAAUAAGCCUGCAGCACAACCACAUCCAGCAAAUCGACAGGGACACAUUCCAGGGCCUGUCUGCCCUGCGCUUGCUGGACCUGAGUAGAAAUGAAAUGAAAACCAUCCACAGAGAUGCUUUCCUCUAUUUGACGGUGCUAACAAACCUAGACCUGAGCUUAAACUCGCUGACCAGCAUUCCAACAACUGGACUGAGUUCCCUGAACCAACUGAAACUCACUGGAAACCUGCAGAUGAAAAAUGUAUUUACUGCAAAGAGCCUCCCCAAACUAAGGUCAGUAUCAGUUCCCUAUGCUUACCAGUGCUGUGCAUUUGUGGGAUGUGAUUCUUCAACAACUUCCACUGAUGAGGAGGACAUCAAGAAGGUUACAGGUGGAGAAGAAGUGGAGAGGAUAUCGAUGGUCAUGCACUGCUCUCCCUCUCCAGGAGCCUUCAAGCCCUGUGAGCACCUCCUGGGCAGCUGGAUGAUCCGUCUGACUGUGUGGUUCAUCUGCCUGGUGGCCCUGAUCUUCAACACUCUGGUGCUGGCAGCCACCUUCUCCCGCCGGGCCUUGGCCCUCUCCCCUGCCAGGCUGCUGGUUGGCCUCCUGGCCCUCACCAACCUGCUCACUGGGGUCUAUGUGGGGGUGCUCACUGUCCUGGAUGCUGCCACCUGGGGCUCCUUCGCUGAGUUUGGGGUCUGGUGGGAGACGGGGGUGGGCUGCCGGGCAACAGGGGCCCUGGCGGUGUUGUCCUCAGAGUGGGCUGUGCUGCUGUUGCCCCUGGCGGCUGUGGAGCGCAGCGUGGCGGUGAGGGCGCUCCUGGGGAAGGCCAUCUCACCCAGGAGGAGCAGCGAGAGAGGGGUCGGGGAACGACGCUUCGCCCUGGCGGCUGCUCUCCUGGGACUCCUGGCGGCUGCAGCAGCCUGCCUACCACUCUUCAGUACCAGCGACCCUUCAGCCUCCCCUCUCUGUUUACCCUUCUCUGGUGGUGAGGGCCCUGCGCUGGGUGUCACUGUGGCCCUGGUGCUGCUCAACGCUCUGGCCUACCUGUUCACAGCAGCAGUGUACACCCAGCUGUACUGUGGCUUGGGCAGGGUGGAGCUGGCAGACCAGGAGCAGGCAGGGGCCGUACGCCAUGUGGCAUGGCUCAUAUUUACCAACUGCAUCUUCUUCUGUCCUGUGGCAGCCUUCUCCUUCGCCCCUCUACUGGCCAGGUCUGGCACCGCAGGGGGCCCUGAGAUUGCCAAGUCCAUCACGCUCAUCUUCUUCCCCCUACCGGCAUGCCUUAACCCCGUGCUCUACGUUUUCUUCAGCCCCGCCUUCCGGGAGGACUGGCUGCGGCUGCGGGGCCAUGGAGCUGUGGCCCGGGGGGUGAAGGCUGGGCAGUGUGCAGGGGGCUCUGGGGUCAUGGAUGGGGACGGAGACUCCUCCACACGGCUGGGCUAUGACUGUGGGGUGUACUCCCAGCUCUGUGGGGAAACAGGCAUGUGUGAGCGCUGCCAGGCGGCUCUAGAUGCCAGGACCUCUUCCUCCUCAUCAUCAGUCUGCAGACACUUGGUAAAGUCCCACAGCUGCCCUACCCUCUCAGCCGGUGCGGCAGUGGGCCAGCGUACGGAGGGAUACUGGGCAGACAGCGGCACCCUCUCUGCCCAGUCAGAGUACGCUGACGAGGGGGACUCGUUUGUGUCCGACAGUUCAGACCAGGUGCAGGCCUGUGGACGAGCCUGCUUCUGCCAGAGCCGAGGGCUCCCUCUGGUCCACUACGCAUACAACAUACCUCGCAUCAAAGACUGAGAAACUCUUCAGGUGUGUGUGUGUGUGUGUGUGUGUGUGUGUGUGUGUGUGUGUGUGUGUGUGUGUGUGUGUGUGUGUGUGUGUGUGUGUGUGUGUGUGUGUGUGUGUGUGUGUGUGUGUGUGUGUGUG